AUUCGUUCCUAAUCAUGUCUCUCCCUUUAUAUAUACCAUUUCUAAAAAUAUGUGUACCUAUAUUAAGCUUGUAUUCUUUAUCAGAAAAAAACAGAUUUAGAAAAAGAAAUAAAUCCUUAAAACCAUCAGGUCUCAAAUUCAAAUACACUUAUAAGUUGAACCAUAACAAUAGAUGUUAGUAUCAUGUGUUCAAAACAGUAAACCAGAAUAUACAAAAUAAUCUGGAAAAAAAUCCAACGAAAAAACAGAAUUGUGAAUUAAUUAUCUGAGCCCACAAAAUUCACUGUGUCCUUAAUAAGCCCCACAUAAGAGAUCUAAAAAGGUCAUUCUCUUCUUUCAAUUUGUACGUGGUCAUGGAGACUAUUUCCUCUCUACCAUUAGAUUAAAGAAACAUGUCAAUAUUUAGACACCAAAUCAGUUGCCCAAUGUAUAUUUUUUCGAAUUUGAAACAAGAACUUUCAUCAUGUCUGUUGCAGCACCAAUUAUUUUCUUUUGUUGUGGUGCGUGUUUCUUUUCCUAAUGUCAGUAGCGCAUCAAAGUCUCAAGUCUUUCAAAUGAGAUUUUCUAUGAGAAAGAACCUCUAUAUUUUCUCAACUGAUAUUUUCUUAUCCUUCCUACACUACUAAUUUUUUGAAAUCAUAGAAAGGGAAAACAUCAAUAUUAUAGAUGCUUAUCAAAGUACUGAACACUGAAGGGAUCUUCCAAAGACUGUUAAUUCAACAUGUGAAGUAAGCCUACAUAUGCCAAACUCGGCAAUUCAUACUACAAGACAAAAAUAAUCUGGUUAUCCAAGAACAAGAUUUCCUAAUUUUUCCACUCCACUACUAUAUUUCAAAGCAUUCUUCCAGUUUAACCUGCUUAGGCAUGUGUUUUGAUCAUUUGGAUUCUAUUAUGAGGUUCAACGAGAAUCACAUCACGAGAUUACUUUUACAAACUGAACUUACCAAAUUGAAGUUUUCAAUACCAUACCAUACCGGUCCGUACCAUGCCAAACCCUAACAGUGAAAACCUAACAAACAAUGGGAAGUGUGUCAGUAGUCUCCCCCUAAAAGGCAAUCUGUUGAACAAAGCUCUCCCACCUCAAUUGAUUCCAAAAGCCAAAGUCCCCUGGAUCCACUUGGUUCAACCUCCAGGUUGCCUGACCCCACCAUUUGGCCCCACCAGAAUCACCAGCCACCACAAGAUAAUGAAAAAACUUUUCCUACCCAUUAACUUCCCUCCACGUGUCGUCCUUGGAUUCUCUCCCCACUAGGUAGUUGCCUCCUAUGAUUUUCCCUCCUUUCCCCCUUCAUAUUUCACAGUGCCCCAUAAGUCUACAGCAUACCUGCUCAACUUUAGUAUUCGAAGUACAACAGAAAAUAGCGAGCAAGAAGAAAAAAUAGGCCAAAAUUAGUUCAAUGUUGAAAAAGGAGAAUAGUGGGGGGUUUGAUGGCAGCAGCAACAACUGGGCAAUGGUGUGUGACAGUUGCCGUUCAGUUACAUGUACCGCUUACUGCUGGGCGGAUUCCGCCUAUUUGUGUCCGGGCUGUGACACCCGCAUACAUGCAGCAAGUCUGGUGGCUUCUCAUCACAAGCGUGUGUGGGUUUGUGAGGCCUGCGAGCGUACCCCUGCAGCCUUUCUUUGCAAGGCGGAUGCUGCCUCACUUUGUGUCUCCUGCGAUGCUGACAUCCAUUCUGCCAACCCCUUGGCGCAUAGUCACCACCAUGUCCCAAUUAUUCCCAUUCCAGGAACCCUUUAUGGUCCUCCAUCUGUUGACACUGUUGGCGGUGAUUCUAUGAUGAUCGAUGGGUCCACAGGGGAAGGCACAGAGGAUGAUAGGUUCUUGAGUUUGACGCAAGAUGCAGAUGAUACAACUAUAGAUGAAGAAGAUGAAGAUGAAGCACCUUCAUGGUUGUUGCUGAAUUCUCUGGUUAAGAACACCAAUAAGAACAACAUUAAUAAUAACAAUAACAACAACAAUCAAAAUAACAACUAUGGGAUGUGGUUGGGUGGGGAAGUAGUGGAUGACUACUUGAAUCUUGCAGAGUAUGCAGGGGAUAGUCAGUUCAACGAUCAGUACAAUGUUAACCAACAGCAACAACAUUACUCUGUUCCUCAGAAGAGCUAUGGUGGAGAUAGCAUGGUGCCCGUUCAGGACGGACAGGGAAAAUCUCUAAUUUUUUACCAGCAACAACAGAAACAAAGUCACCACCUGAAUUUUCAGCUGGGGAUGGAGUAUGACAAUCCUAACACUCGAUUCAGUUACCCUGCUUCUAUGAGUCACAGUGUUUCUGUUUCGUCGAUGGAUGUCAGUGUUGUCCCAGAAUCUGCACUAAGUGAAACUUCAAACUCCCACCCACAACCUCAAAAAGGGACCAUUGACCUUUUCUCAGGCCCUCCGAUUCAGAUACCUCUCCAGCUUACUCCAAUGGACAGAGAAGCCAGAGUCCUAAGGUACAGAGAGAAGAAGAAGAACCGUAAAUAUGAGAAAACCAUAAGGUAUGCUUCAAGAAAAGCCUAUGCAGAAACAAGGCCAAGAAUCAAAGGUCGAUUCGCAAAGAGAACGGACGUAGAGGCUGAAGUAGACCAGAUGUUCCCCACACAAUUAAUGGCAGAUAGCGGUUAUAGAAUUGUCCCUUCAUUCUGAAUUCAACAAAGAGAAGAUCAACUACAAGUCUCUAAGCCUAGUUUUACUAGUGUAUCUCUUACAUUAUUAUCAAUUUAACUAGCCAUUGAAUAAUGGAAAAUGUUACUAAAGUAGUUUUCCAAGGAGAAUGUAUUAAAUUUAUUAAAUUCUCUGCAUUGUUGUAUAUGUAAAAAGGAGUUCUUCCUUGUAGAUCAUGUUGCAGUCAAUACGUACAAUUUUUCUGAGGAGAAAGUAAACAAAGAGCCCCUGCAGUGUAAAUGGAUUGACCCAACAAGACAAAAAGUUGUAGUUCUGCAAGAGCAACGGAUUGAAUGCAGUAUCAAGGAGGGGGGUGGAACGGAUGAGAAAUCUGCAUCCUAAAACCUUUUGGUACGAAAUUUUACCUCCUUAGAGGACCUACCAUGCCUAAAGGGAAAAAGAAUAAAGAAAAGAAGAACUGACCGCACUUGACUUUUCCACAUUCAAAGAACUCAGUGCAGCCACAAGUAAUAGGAAA